AAUUCUUCCAACCAAAAAAUAAGAAAGAAAAAUGGUAUAAAAAAUCAGCAAGGACCCAGAAAGAGGUAGCCUAUUUCCUCUCUCAAUCCAACUCCUUAGUUGUCACCUCUCUUGUUGUUUAAGAUCUCAAUCUCCUCCUCCUCUUCACUGCUGUACUUUGGUAACACUUUGACUUUCCAUGUUGAACCUUUCUAUAAUCCAACAUAGGGACCGUUUUCCUUUGUGGGUUUGAUUUGAUUUGAUCUUGGAUAAGUAGGUAUACUCUCUAACCCUUUUAGGGUUUUUCUUUUGCUUUCUUCCUGGGGCUUGUUUUCUGGGUUUCUUAUCUUUCUGGAUAUUUGUUACUAUAGUAUUUGCUAAUUGCUUGAUAUCUGUUUGAAAUAUUUGGGUUUCUUUCUGGCUUAACUGAUGUUUUGAAUUGCUUUGGUUUUGGUUGAUUCACCUGAAUCGGUAUUGUUUAUGAAUUUGAUUUACUUACAGUUCAUGUUCUGGGCUAAUUUAGGCUUUCUUACAUUCAAUUGAGUCAGUUAUAGUUGGUUUGACUUGGAUAUAGUAUUGGGGUUUUGUAUAAAACAAUCUUAUCUUCUUGAAGCAACAUUAAAUAGCUAAUCUAAGCUUUUUCAUUCAAUCUUGGACAAGUUUAAGUUGGUUAUAGUGGGUUUGACUUGGGUAUAGUAUUUGGGUUCUGAUAAAAAAAGAGUAGAUCUCAUCUGUUCUUUCAAGAUAAGAAACGAAGUUAGAUCUUAAUGUUGAAAGUGAAGUUGGGGUGUUGAGUCGGUAUUUGAUUGUAGCAAGGGUUGGGUGUCAAUGGGGAAUACUUGUGUUGGACCAAGCAUUACAAAGAAUAGGUUCUUGCAAUCGGUUUCCGAUGCCGUGUGGGGGUCCCGAUUGCCGGAAAGCUCAAUGCUUACAACCACUGAUGGAGAAAGUGUCCCCGAGACGCCUACAACCGCAAAAGAACCUGAAGCCCCCAUGAGUGUUCAGAGUAAACCACCUCGACAAGUGACAAUUCCAAAAGUGGAAACAAACGAGCCAAUUCCGAAAGUGGAAACUAAAGUGACAAUUCCAAAUGUGGAAACGAAGGUGACAAUUCCAAAAGUGGAACAAAAACAAGAGCCAUCACCACCUCCCAAGAAGCACAUGAAGAGGUUGGCUAGUGUAGGGCUUAGGACAGAUGCGGUUUUGCAGAGGAAGACCGGUAAUUUGAAGGAAUUUUACUCCUUGGGGAAGAAACUAGGACAGGGUCAAUUUGGGAUGACCUUUCUCUGUGUGGAGAAAGCUACGGGGAAAGAGUAUGCAUGUAAGUCGAUCGCCAAGAGGAAGUUAUUGAGCAAAGAAGAUGUGGAGGAUGUGAGGAAGGAGAUUCAGAUAAUGCACCAUUUGGCUGGCCAUCCAAACGUGAUAUCGAUCAAAGGUGCUUAUGAGGAUGCCGUGGCAGUUCAUGUCGUUAUGGAGUUGUGCGCUGGGGGUGAGCUUUUCGAUAGGAUUAUACAACGUGGUCAUUAUACAGAAAGAAAGGCUGCUGAGCUUACUAGGACCAUUGUUGGAGUGGUGGAAGCCUGUCAUUCUCUUGGGGUUAUGCACCGUGACCUGAAACCGGAGAAUUUUCUCUUUGUUGACCAGAAGGAGGAUUCGCUUCUCAAGACAAUUGACUUUGGAUUAUCCGUAUUUUUCAAACCAGGUGAAAAAUUCAAUGAUGUAGUUGGCAGCCCAUAUUAUGUUGCCCCAGAAGUGCUGCGAAAGCGCUAUGGUCCCGAAGCUGAUGUCUGGAGUGCUGGGGUAAUUGUUUACAUUCUCCUAAGUGGAGUUCCUCCUUUCUGGGCUGAGACCGAACAAGGAAUAUUUGAACAAGUUCUGCAUGGUGAUCUCGACUUCUCGUCUGAUCCUUGGCCAAGUAUCUCAGAGAGUGCAAAAGAUAUAGUGAGGAAAAUGCUCAUUCGAGACCCCAGAAAGCGCAUAACUGCACAUGAAGUUUUGUGCCACCCUUGGGUUCAAGUCGAUGGUGUUGCUCCUGACAAGCCUCUUGAUUCUGCAGUUUUAAGUCGCAUGAAACAAUUUUCUGCCAUGAACAAGCUCAAGAAAAUGGCUCUCAGAGUUAUUGCUGAGCACCUGUCUGAGGAAGAAAUCGCUGGCCUGAAACAAAUGUUCAGGAUGAUAGACGCAGACAACAGUGGUCAAAUUACUUUUGAAGAACUUAAGGCUGGACUGAAAAGAGUUGGUGCUAAUCUUAAGGACUCUGAAAUCUAUGAUCUAAUGCAAGCUGCAGAUGUCGAUAACAGUGGAACAAUUGAUUAUGGGGAGUUCUUAGCUGCGACAUUGCAUCUGAACAAAGUUCAGAAAGAAGAUCACCUGUUUGCGGCUUUCUCCUACUUCGAUAAGGACGGAAGUGGUUAUAUCACCCCGGAUGAGCUCCAACAAGCAUGCGAGGAGUUUGGCCUAGAGGAUGUUCGAUUGGAAGAAAUGAUCCGAGAAGUUGAUCAGGACAAUGAUGGGCUAAUAGACUACAAUGAGUUUGUCGCGAUGAUGCAAAUGGGAAAUGCAGGUGUUGGUGGAAAGAAGGGCCUAGAGAAUAGUUUUAGCAUUGGGUUUAGAGAGGCAUUGAAACUUUAGAAACCACUUGCUUUGGUGAGGCUUUUGAUGCUUUGUCAUUUUUUCAUGACCUAUUUUUCUUUUUUCUUCUUUUUCGUCCGAACGUAUAUUUACAGAGUUUGGAUAUUAUAGAAUGAAGCACCAGAGCUUAACAAAGAGGCAGGAGCCUUUGCUAAAGUGUAUACCUGCUUUGAACCCAUGCAACAUUUUGAAUUGGUUUUGACAAUGAAUCCAGCUCUAUCAUCUUGAAUA